AUGUCCAGAAAUUUAUUAUUAGAAAAUCCACCCAAAAAAACUCAGAAUGAAAUUAUCACCUCACUUCCAUCAGAUAUUCAACUUCCUUUUCCGCCACUGAUCGGCGCCUCCGAUUUCAUAUUGAAGAGAUCGGCAGAAAAAAUCUGGAUGAAGAGCCCAAAUGCUUUUUUCAUAUAUAGAAAAGCAUUUCAAAAUCAUCUAAAAUUUUUGAAUUACAAAUUAACAAUGAUGAACGUUUCAAAAUUGGUUAGCAGUUGUUGGAAAAAUGAAAAAGUAGAAGUUAAAGAUGCUUAUAAAAAAAUUGCUAAAGAAGUAGAGAAACAAUUAAAAGAGAAAAGGAAGAUGGAUAAUGGAUAUCCGCCAUGA